AUGACUGCAAUAAGAACUUGCCUUCUAGGCAUUCUUAUCAUUGGCACAGUGUGUGGAGUUCGAGUGAAAGUGAAAAACAAGUGUGGAUUUUCAUUGUUAGUGCGUAUUGGAAAUGGCGAUAGUGGUCGAUGGAUAGACGCUGGACAGGAAAGUUGGGGAACAAAUGGUCGAUCUGAUCGAACGUGGGCUGUACAACCUGGCAUUUGGGGAGAUGAUACCUUAGCUGAGAUCAAUGAUGACAAUGGACAUAUCUGGUAUGAUAUUUCUCUAGUUGAUGGUUUUACCUAUCCAAUGGCUCUUGUACCAGUUGGCGGUGCUGGUGGUAAUCGUCGAAAUCUCUAUUGUGUCGGUUGGAAUGUUCUCAAUGAAUGUCCCGAUAAUCUAAAGGUUUGGGUCAAUGGCAGUGUGAGAGCCUGCAAAAAUCAUUCGGUGAAUCCUGGUCAUUUCAAAGCUCGGUGUCCUGAUGCUUAUUCUUGGUGGGGAGAUGAUCCAUCUUCAAUGGCUGAUACAUUCCAUCCUGAUCACAUGGAAGUGACCUUUUGUCCAUAA